ACGGGUAAAGUUGAGUGCAAAAAAAAAACACACGAGUGACAGAAAUUCGCAAAAAUAUCAAAAUAUUCCACGAAACCGUUGAUUCGCGUUGGAAGAUAGUACCCGAUAACAAAAAUGGCACUGGAACUUAGAAGCAAUCGUUCCAAGUCCACAUCAGAUAUUCUGGACGGAAUAGUGUACGAAAAUAAAAACGUUAUGGAAAAUUCUACUGUGAAUAAUCGUUACAGGACAUAUACCGUCAAAAACCUUAAGAAAGAGAAGAAAUACUUCGUAAAAACGUCGUGUUCUGAUUGCAAUCGCGAGGAAGAAUCGUCGACGCCGAAAUCGCAAAAUUUCGUUAAAAAGUGGAUUGCCUCGCUGGAAAGAAAAAAUGAGGCUUGCAAAGCGGACGAUGAGUUUGUCACAAAAUAUUACAGAAGGAACUCGAAUCCGAGCUCUGACUAUUCAUGCAAAAAGAAACUCUACGAUUCUAUCAGAACAGAAACAAACAAUGGUUGCGGACACCAUCGCGUGAAUACGAGCGAGAAUACCUUGGUAAAUUCGAACGACGAUAUGAUUUCUGAAAACAAAACAACUGUAUUUACGAAUAACAAAAUAGAUGAUCAGUUUUUGCCAAUGAAUGACGGCAAGAGAAAAGAAGGCGCAAAUAGGAGCAAACAUCGAGAUGAAACUUGUGCAAACUUACGCCGCAAUGGAUCAUUUCGAGAUUCACGAAUGCGCGAAGCAAAUUCGAAAAGAGCAUUCGAUAUUAACAAAAAUAAUGAAAAGAAGACAUUUUAUAAUAGUUCUUCUUUCGAUCCUAACCGAACUCGAGUUGAAUCGGAAUACGAGGAUGACCCUUGUAAUUUUUACUUUUUAAAAAAAAGUAACAACGAUCGAAACGGGAACACUUUGGAAAAGAUAUUCAAGAAUUCGAAGGAAAAAAGAGAUACGACGUUCGAUGGACGUUCGAAGAAAAAGCUCAAUCGACAAAGAUCCUUCAAGGACUUUUUUGGAUCCAUGAUCAGGUGGAAAAAAUCGGAGAACGAGGAAAAACCACGGCGUUUUAUGUCUUGUGAUCACUUAAUAGAAGAAACGAAGACAUUCAAUUCGAGAAGCGUUAAGAAAUUGUCGAGAGCUUUAUCUUUGAAGGUUGUUGCAUUGCAAGACAAAGAUGAAGAUAAUUGGACACGGAUUAGAGGACGGGAGGCGAUAAUUCAUCCGAUUUAUGCAGGAAUAAAGAACGAGCAACUCUUAGAAUCUUUGGCAAGAAAUAAGGAAAAAUUAUUUGGACUGAAUGAAAGCGAAGAAAGUCUUGUAAAACCCUCCGCAAUUAAGGACAUAGUGAAACGUUUUUCACAACUUCCGGGAAAGACACAGACUAAUGACAAUUUCAAUGAAAGAGGAAGAAGAUUGGUUGUUGAAAACGGGUAUUGAUAAAAAAGAACCAUAUUGGAUGAGUAAUUUUAGUUCUGA